CCCUCUCGUCCGAGUUCCUGCCCAUCUUCCUCGCAAACAUGCCCUACCAACGUAAGCAAACCUAGUUCGUCCAUAUACUGUGCUACUGGGUCACCACCGCCGUCCUGUCGGUUAUGGUGCUCUUGGUCGGUGCCAGCUUCUUCUUUUUUGUUAAGUGGACUACUACACCUUCGUUACCGGUCGCCCCAUCGACGCUUGCUGGGGCUAUGCACUAUGUUGUUGAUAGCAAUUUGAUCGAUAACGAGCUACUUGAAGAUCGCGAUUUAGAGGAUCGUAGAUGGAGAAGUGAUUCUGGCGCAAUGGAUAAGCAUGUUCGGGUCCACUUAGGACGAGUGCAAGGGCUCAGUGGGCAGGUCAGAACGCAGGUUUGGAUCUCGAAUGACAAUGACCACAUUGCUGUUUAAAGUUGAAACCCGGAUGUGAGAGAUGUAGCAAGUUACGAUUCGCAUGUCAA